AUGCAUGUGAAGUGUCCUCAUCUCACUCAGGCCUAUGCCAAAGAUGUAAAAUUUGGUGUGGAUGCUCGAGCCUUAAUGCUACAAGGUGUAGACCUUCUAGCUGAUGCUGCAGCUGUUACAAUGGGGCCAAAGGGAAGAACAGUGAUUACUGAACAGAGUUGGGGAAGUCCCAAAGUAACAAAAGAUGGGGUCACUGUUGCAAAGUCAAUUGACUUAAAGGAUAAAUACAAAAAUAUCGGAGCUAAACUUGUUCAAGAUGUUGCCAAUAGCACAAAUGAAGAGGCUGGGCAUAGUACCACCACUGCUACUGUUCUGGCACGUUCUAUUGCCCAGGAGGGCUUUGAGAAGAUCAGCAAAGGGGCUAAUCCAGCAGAAAUCCGGAGAGGUGUCAUGUUGGCUGUUGAUGCUGUAAUUGCUGAACUAAAAAAGCAAUCUAAACCUGUGACAACCCCUGAAGAAAUUUCUCAGGUUGCUACAAUUUCUGUAAAUGGAGACAAAGACAUUGGGAACAUCAUUUCUGAUGCAAAGAAAAAAGUUGGAAGAAAGGGCAUCAUCACAGUGAAGGAUGGAAAAACACUGAAUGAUGAAUUAGAAAUUAUUGAAGGCAUGAAGUGUGACAGAGGAUAUAUCCCAUAUUUUAUUAACACAUCAAAAGGUCAAAAAUGUGAAUUCCAAGAUGCCUAUGUUCUGUUGAGUGAAAAGAAUUCUAGUGUCCAGUCCAUUUUACCUGCUCUGGAAAUUGUUAAUGCUCAUCGGAAGCCCUUGGUCAUAAUUGCUGAAGAUGUGGAUGGAGAAACCCUAAGCACGCUGGUUUUGAACAGGCUAAAAGUUGGUCUCCAGGUUGUGGCAGUCAAAGAUCCAGGGUUUGGGGACAAUAGGAAGAACCAGCUUAGAGACAUGGCUAUUGCCACUGGUGGUGCGGUAUUUGAAGAAGAGGGGUUGAGUCUAAAUCUUGAAGAUGUUCAAGCUCAUGACUUGAGAAAAGUUGGAGAGGUCAUUGUCACCAAAGAUGACGCCAUGCUUUUGAAAGAAAAAGGUGACAAGGCUCAAAUUGAGAAAUGCAUUCAAGAAAUCACUGAGCAGCUAGACAUCACAACUAGUGAAUAUGGAAAGGAAAAGCUGAACGAGCGGCUCGCUAAACUUUCAGAUGGAGUAGCUGUGUUGAAGGUUGGAGGAACGAGUGAUGUUGAAGUGAAUGAGAAGAGAAUUACAGAUGUUCUCAAUGCUACAAGAGCUGUUGAAGAAGGCAUUGUUCUAGGAGGGGGCUGUGCUCUGCUUCGGUGCAUCCCAGCCUUGGAUUCCUUAAAGCCUUCUAAUGACGAUCAGAAAGUAGGUAUAGAAAUUAUUAAAAGAGCACUCAAAAUUCCUGCAAUGACUAUUGCCAAGAAUGCAGGUAUUGAAGGAUCAUUGAUAUUUGAGAAAAUUAAGCAGAGUUCCUCGGAAGUUGGUUAUGAUGCUAUGCUCAGAGAUUUUGUGAACAUGGUGGAAAAGGGAAUCGUUGAUCCAACAAAGGUUAUGAGAAUUGCUUUACUGGAUGCUGCUGGGCUAGCCUCCUUGCUAACUACAGCAGAAGCUGUAGUGACCGAAAUUCCUAAGGAAGAGAAGGACCCUGGAAUGGGCGCCAUGGGUGGAAUGGGAGGGGGUAUGGGAGGUGGUAUGUUCUAACUCCUAGAAUAGUGCUUUGCCCUAAUCAAUGAACUGUGACAGGAAGCUCAAGGCAGGUUCCUCACCUCUAACUUCAGAGAAGUCACCUGAAGAAAGUGACUGAAGAGAAGGC